AAAGUAUCUAACAAAACUCGAACUUUUCAUCAGCCAACACGAUCCCACUCUCUCUUUUUCCCCUAUAAUUCUGCGCUUCUUUCUCUCUCUAGAAUCCAUUAAAAUUCCAAUCAAUUCUCAUCCCGUUUGGAUUCUCUCUGACAACCACUUUCCCAUCUUCUAGAGAAUUCGACGGGAUUUUUCGUCUAUUGAUCGCCUAUUUGUUGGAUUCUUUUUAUGGGUUUUACUCGACACUCCAAAUUAGAAUCUUGAUUUUGAAAUUUGGUGGCCGGUUUUAACCUUUUUCUCCGAUUUGACUGAUCGAUCGAUCGGAAGGUGGGUAAGUUUCGGUAGACGCAUGAGAGGAUUGGUAAAGCUACGAUUUUCUCCUAAUUCCAACCAUUUUAUUACUCCGAUCCUCCAUUUUUCGGAAAGCUGUAAUUUUUUGUUGUUCCUCUUGUUGUUGAGAUUAAGGUCGAUCGGUUUGUGGAUUGUUAAUAGUCCGUAUAGUUGUUUUUUCGAUCCUUACCAAUCGUUGUUUAAUUAUGGAUUCGAGGGAGAACAGGAGUAAUCGCCAGCUGCAAACCGGUCCUUGCUAUUCUACCUCGGGGAGGAGAUCAGCAGUCUCACCAUCUGUCAUCGUCAUAGGUGCUGGAUUUGCUGGCAUUACUGCUGCCCGAGCACUUCACGAUGCCUCAUUUCAGGUUACUGUGUUGGAAUCACGGCCGAGAAUUGGUGGCCGAGUGCAUACUGAUUAUUCGUUUGGUUUCCCGGUUGACUUGGGUGCUUCAUGGUUGCAUGGUGUUUCCAAGGAGAACCCAUUAGCUACAGUUAUUGGACGGUUGGGAUUACCACUUUAUCGCACUAGUGGUGACAAUUCAGUUUUAUAUGAUCAUGAUCUAGAAAGUUAUGCCCUUUAUGAUGUGGAUGGAAAACAAGUUCCACAAGGUCUAGUCUCAAAGGUUGGGGAAACAUUUGAGACCAUUUUGAAAGAGACGGAUCUUGUAAGACAGGAGUUCAGUGAAGACAUGUCUAUACAGCAUGCAAUCUCAAUUGUCUUUGAAAGGAGACCAGAUUUAAGGUUGGAGGGGCUUGAACAUAAGGUGUUGCAAUGGUACCUAUGCCGAAUGGAAGGCUGGUUUUCUGCAGAUGCUGAUACCAUAUCACUUAAAAGCUGGGACCAGGAAGAGUUGCUUCCUGGCGGGCAUGGGCUCAUGGUACGUGGAUAUCUUCCUGUAAUCAAUACACUUGCAAAAGGGCUCGAUAUUCGCCUCAGCCACAGUGUGACAAAAAUAGAUCGACACCAUAAUGGAGUAAAAGUAACUGUAGAAAACGGGGGCACGUUUAUUGCAGAUGCUGCUGUUAUUGCGAUUCCUCUCGGUGUCUUGAAAUCAAACCAAGUCAAAUUCGAGCCGAGGUUACCCGACUGGAAAGAAGAGGCCAUCGAGGGGAUUGGUGUUGGGAUCGAGAAUAAGAUUAUCUUGCACUUUGGUAAUGUGUUUUGGCCCAACGUCGAGUUCUUGGGGGUAGUUGCUGAGACUUCUUACAGCUGCAGUUAUUUCCUUAAUCUGCACAAGGCAACUGGUCACCCGGUCCUCGUUUAUAUGCCAGCUGGAAAAUUGGCUCGCGACAUUGAAAAAAUGUCGGAUGAAGCUGCUGCGAAUUUCGCUUUUACGCAACUUAAGAGGAUCUUGCCAAAUGCUUCCGAGCCAAUUCAGCAUUUAGUCUCUCACUGGGGAACAGACAAGAACUCGUUGGGUUCCUACAGCUACGACAUGGUUGGAAAAUCUCACGAUCUGUAUGAAAGGCUGAGGAUACCUGUCGAUAACUUAUUUUUCGCAGGCGAGGCCACGAGUUUUGAUUACCCGGGCUCGGUCCACGGAGCAUACUCCACGGGCCUCAUGGCUGCUGAGGACUGCAGAAUGCGUGUAUUGGAACGUUAUGGGGAGUUGGACCUUUUCCAGCCAGUUAUGGGCGAGGAGGUCCCAGUCUCUGUCCCGCUCUUAAUCUCCCGUAUGUAACUUAAUCUUAUAAUGGGCGAGUAUUUGGUUUGCCGAUUGCUCUGUGAAAUUGUGGGAUUAAAGUUAUUUCCCUGAUUGAAUGAUCAGAGGAUCGAUUAUUGGUGUGAUGAACUUUUGUUUUAAUGCGCGUGCGUGUUUGUCGAGACUUUUGAGAAUAAGAACGCUCUUUUAAGUUGAUUUUAGUAUUUGUGGACUUUGGUUUGGUAAUGGAACUUUAUGAAUGCUUGUUGAACUAUGAUAGUAUGAUGUAUGCUCUCCUGUUUGUGUUGUGUGCAUGUUAGCUCAUGGCUUAUUUCUGGUUUCU